AUGGACGCCGUACGGCGGCAGUUUGGAAUUAGCCGUCCAUUUCUGUGGUUUGAGUUGUACGGCAGAAAUAGCUCUGCAGACGGCGAAAAUGGAGAUUGCAGUGGAGAUGAAGAAUAUCCACUUGUUGAACUUCCGCCUGGACCGGAAUUAGACGACGAUGAUGUCGAAGGAUUCGAGGUGGACGUCGAAAGUGAUGCGAUGGAAUAUCGAGGGAUCGGAGGUGUUCAACGAAAGUAA